GAGCAUCCUCCUCUUCACAGAGAUCCUUUGAGCACCCUUACCACUGCUCGCGACCCGACCUUGUAGACUGGAGGCCGGUACUCCCUAGAUCCGCGAAUUAGCCACUACCCCUAUCCUAUCCACACCGACAGGCCACCAGACCGUCUAGUGACGAGGAGACAAGAAUGAACACGCACCCACAUCACUAUUCGAAUAUGCGUUCUCAGGGCCACAUCAUAUACGCGGCAUAUCGAAGCCCGUAUAAACCACAUACGCUGCGCGACUACCUGUGGAAGAAGCGCCUCAUGGUUGAGACGACGUUGGCGACAUCCGUCAUGGAACCAUGGGAGAAGCUCACGUUCCUGACAGUCCUGUUUAUCCUCGUGUGUUGGGUGUGUACCGGGUUGUGGCGUUACAUACCCGCGCAGAUGCUGUACACGGAGCGCAGGCUCACGUACUACUUGUGGGGGCAUGCUGCUGGUUACCACUGAGCGAUAGAGAUUGGAUCGUGGUGUUCUUGGGCUGCUGUGUCGUUCCUUUCAUUUGUUCCAGUUCAAGCAUUCUUCAUGUCAUUGUAUUAUUACCUGUAUCCAUAGUCCCCCAUCAGCCGAAAAGGCCUGAGUUCC